UGGAGCUCAGUUCCAGCAGCGCUUGACAACCGCAGUCUGCCAGAGGCUGAGCUGAGCGGUCGCCGGCCCGGGAGGGGCGGACGGGAGGAGGACGGGCUGACGGACUGAUGGAUUGACGCGCAGGCGGCACGAGGAAGGACCCACGCCAAACCCAGACCGCCGCCCUCACGCCCCCGCUCCAACUCGGAGCCGACAGCUUCGGGGCCCGGCCACCGGCCUCGCAGCCGCGUUUUCUUUCCUUCCACGCUUCUCCGGGCUCGUCUCGGAGCCCUCAGGCUAUCAAUAUGACAGCAGAAGAAACGGUGAAUGUAAAGGAGGUUGAAAUUAUUAAGCUAAUUUUGGACUUCCUGAAUUCAAAGAAGCUUCACAUUAGUAUGCUGGCCCUUGAGAAGGAAAGUGGAGUCAUAAAUGGCCUGUUUUCAGAUGAUAUGCUUUUCCUGAGACAGCUAAUCCUUGAUGGUCAGUGGGAUGAAGUUCUUCAGUUUAUUCAGCCUCUGGAAUGUAUGGAAAAAUUUGACAAAAAAAGGUUUCGUUAUAUUAUCCUGAAGCAGAAGUUUUUAGAGGCUUUAUGUGUUAACAAUGCAAUGUCAGCAGAAGAUGAACCUCAGCAUCUGGAAUUUACCAUGCAAGAAGCUGUGCAAUGUUUACAUGCUCUAGAAGAGUACUGUCCUUCUAAAGAUGACUAUAGCAAGCUCUGUUUGCUUUUGACUUUGCCUCGUCUGACCAAUCAUGCUGAGUUUAAGGACUGGAAUCCCAGCACUGCCCGAGUUCACUGUUUUGAGGAAGCUUGUGUCAUGGUUGCAGAGUUCAUCCCUGCUGACAGGAAGCUAAGUGAGGCUGGUUUUAAAGCAAGUAACAAUCGGUUAUUUCAGCUUGUAAUGAAAGGCCUGCUUUAUGAAUGCUGUGUAGAAUUUUGUCAGAGUAAAGCAACCGGAGAAGAAAUUACAGAAAGUGAAGUACUUCUUGGCAUCGACCUUUUAUGUGGGAAUGGUUGUGAUGAUUUGGAUUUGAGUUUAUUGUCAUGGCUUCAGAAUCUCCCUUCUUCUGUGUUCUCUUGUGCUUUUGAACAGAAGAUGCUUAAUAUCCAUGUUGACAAACUUCUGAAACCAACAAAAGCUGCAUAUGCUGAUCUUUUGACUCCUCUUAUCAGCAAACUUUCUCCCUAUCCAUCAUCCCCAAUGAGAAGACCUCAAUCAGCUGAUGCCUAUAUGACCCGCUCUCUGAAUCCUGCUUUAGAUGGCCUCACUUGUGGAUUAACCAGUCAUGAUAAGAGAAUCUCAGAUCUUGGGAACAAAACUUCUCCAAUGUCACACUCCUUUGCUAACUUCCAUUAUCCAGGGGUACAAAACCUCAGUAGAAGUCUCAUGCUUGAGAAUACAGAAUGUCACAGUAUUUAUGAAGAAUCCCCUGAGCGAAGUGAUACACCAGUCGAGGCACAGCGGCCUGUUAGCAGUGAAAUCUUGGGCCAGAGCACAGUUUCAGAAAAAGAGCCUGCAAAUGGAGCACAGAACCCAGGAUCAGCUAAGCAAGAAAAAAAUGAGCUUCGAGAUUCCACUGAACAAUUUCAAGAAUAUUAUAGGCAAAGAUUACGUUAUCAACAGCAUUUAGAGCAGAAGGAGCAGCAGCGACAGAUAUACCAACAGAUGUUGCUUGAGGGUGGGGUGAAUCAGGAAGAUGGCCCUGAUCAGCAGCAGAAUCUUACUGAGCAAUUCCUUAACAGGUCCAUUCAAAAACUUGGUGAAUUAAAUAUUGGAAUGGAUAGUCUUGGUAAUGAGGUAUCAGUGCUCAACCAGCAGUGUAAUGGGAGCAAAGGCAAUGGAUCUAAUAGUUCUUCUAUGACUAGUUUUGCUACACCACCCCAAGACACCAGUCAGAGGUUAACGCGUGAUGCCUCAAAUAUUCUCACAAGUACUCCCCAAAACCCUGGAUCAACAAAUCACAUCCCUUUGCUUGAGGAGUCACCUUCUGGAAACCAAAUGAUGACAAAUCAAAAAAGCAGUUUGUUUGUAUUAAUACCCUAGAAGACACACAAGCUGUUAGAGCAGUGGCUUUUCAUCCAGGUGGUAGUUUAUAUGCUGUUGGUUCAAAUUCAAAAACUCUGAGAGUAUGUGCCUAUCCAGAAGUAAUUGAUCCAAGUGCACACGAUACUCCCAAGCAGCCAGUGGUGCGUUUCAAAAGGAAUAAACAUCAUAAAGGAUCCAUUUACUGUGUGGCCUGGAGUCCUUGUGGACAGUUAUUAGCAACAGGAUCAAAUGACAAAUAUGUCAAAGUGCUGCCCUUCAAUGCAGAGACUUGUAAUGCAACAGGACCAGAUCUGGAGUUUAGUAUGCAUGAUGGGACAAUUAGAGACUUGGCAUUUAUGGAAGGUCCAGAAAGUGGUGGAGCUAUUUUAAUAAGCGCUGGAGCAGGGGAUUGUAACAUUUAUACAACAGAUUGUCAAAGAGGACAAGGUCUCCACGCUCUGAGUGGACAUACUGGGCAUAUUUUAGCACUUUACACCUGGAGUGGUUGGAUGAUUGCAUCUGGUUCUCAAGAUAAGACUGUUAGAUUCUGGGAUCUUCGAGUACCAAGCUGUGUUCGAGUUGUUGGCACAACAUUCCAUGGAACUGGCAGUGCAGUGGCAUCUGUAGCUGUAGAUCCCAGUGGCCGUCUCUUAGCCACAGGCCAAGAAGAUUCUAGCUGCAUGUUGUAUGACAUAAGAGGAGGAAGAAUGGUACAGAAUUAUCACCCUCAUUCCAGUGAUGUUCGUUCUGUUCGAUUCUCUCCUGGAGCUCACUACUUGCUAACAGGCUCUUAUGAUAUGAAAAUAAAGGUGACAGACCUACAAGGGGACCUCACUAAGCAGCUUCCUAUCAUGGUGGUGGGUGAGCACAAGGACAAGGUGAUUCAGUGCAGGUGGCAUACCCAGGAUCUUUCCUUCCUGUCGUCUUCUGCAGACAGAACUGUAACGCUCUGGACUUACAGUGGCUAGAGUGCAUCUUGUGUCCGUCUGUGCAGUGAGAGCACAGAGAUUUAAGACUACUGAAGUGUCUACUACGAAUCUGAAGAACAUAGACUGUCCGAGAGGUGGUUCAGCAGGAAGAGGCCCCUUCCUCUCAUGUAUGCCAUUGAUAGGAGGUGUUGGGUGGUGGUACUCUGCAGUGCUUUCAGUCUUCCAUGUGUGCUCGUGCUGCUGUGACCUGCUGUGUAGUCUCCCUGCCAAAGUGUGUGGAAGAGCUCUUGUGUUGCUGGUGGGUGUGCGCACCAAGUCCAGUGGACCGUGUGUUUACGGUUUAGUAUUAAAUGCACUCCUUGGUCUCUGCCUAAAUAACAGUUUCAUAUACACACUGAAACUGAAUUAUACUUUGGCUCUUAUUACAUAGAAUACAACCAAGUUCUUUCUAGAUUAAACAUAAGUGUCCAGAAAUUACUUUGCUCUUCUCACAAUUCCCUAUUAUAUCAUUUGUCUUAUAGAGGUCAAGAUUUGAUCCAUUUCUCAAAAUUUACAGCGUUGUUUUCACAUAAGGAUCAUUAUGGAAUUAAAAGGUGAAUGGGAAACUGCUUCUUAGUUCAUUACAUGGCACAGCCCCUCUCUUUUUCCUUAAACUCAAGGGUGUGGUUACUAUUUUGUAAUAUGGUUUUGUUUCAGGCUAGAAGGUCAAUGUGUUUCCGUCAGAAACUUGUUAACUUCAAAAUUUUUUGAAUGCAACAGAUACCUCCCUUCUAAACAGAACUGCAGAAGCAGGGCAGCAGCAGUUAUGUGAUGCAAUAUUUGAUGGUCCAGUUUUCCUCUUAAAAUUAAAGACUGCCAUGGACCAUAGCAUGGCUUGAAUGCUAUGUCUGCAUGAUAAUUUAAAAUGGAAAAUUUAAACUUUGCACUCCAAAAGCUUAUUUAAAUUUUUUUCUUGCACUGUUUUGUGUAAUGCAGAAUGAUUUUAUUUCUAUGGCAUUAAUAGAGCUUAACAUUUAUGUAUCUUUAUUUUCAUACGGUAUAGUAAUUUUACUUUAAAUUAUUAAAUAGACUAUUUUAUUUAUUUCAACUGCAAUUGUUUUCUAAUUUUUGAACUGUCUGUAUACUGUAUGUAGCAAGCAUUUUUAGUCUUGUACACAAGUGGAAAGGGUUUUAGAAAUGUAACUGUGCUUUUAUUUCAAUAAAGACCUCUUGACACCUAAGA